AUGGGUCAAAAGCUUUCCUUAUUCGACAACCAAAGUUAUCAGGUGGCAAUGUUAGGAUUGGAUAAUGCUGGCAAAUCCACUAUAAUUUAUCGCCUUAAGAUGCAACAUUUUGUGCAACAAGCUCCUACCGUUGGCUUCAACUGUGAAAAAUUCCGUCCUGCGAGCGGUCCGGCGAAAGGUCAAACGUUUGUUGUUUGGGAUGUUGGCGGUCAAGAGAAGUUACGUCCUUUGUGGAGAACUUAUGUGAGGCAAGCGGAUGCACUUGUCUUUGUGAUUGAUUCAACAGAUCGUGAACGCUUCGAAGAAGCACAUGUGGAAUUAGCCAAUUUGCUGCGUUCACCCGAUUUUCCGUCAACAAUACCCGUCAUUUUAUUGGCUAACAAACAAGAUUUACCCGAAGCACGCACUGACAUUGAAGUGAAUCAGUCGAUCGCUCAAGGAAUCGGCAAAAGGCCUACACGUUUACUGCCUUGUUGUGCAGUCACUGGUGAUGGCUUGGAUGAACUUUUUUCAGAGAUGCAUCAAUUAAUACUACAGGCUCGGUAG